CCCCACGUAGCCAUUUUGCGUUUCCUGGACAAAAAAGGGGGUUAGACAGAAAGACAAUCAGACACACGGGAUAAAAUUAGUCUUGAAAUCACACGUUCAAUCAAAAGUGCGGAUGUAAGUUUGCAAUAUGAUAGGCGCGGGAGCGGGCGAGCAGGUACACCAGCCGCGGCCCGAAUUCAGAAAGGAAACCGUCGGCUAGCUGGCUAACGGACCGCUAGCGAGAGUGAUAAAGACUUCAUACACCCCAAAGACUUUUCGGACAUUAAUACUUAUCAAAUUGUACUCUUCUGCACGCUAGAAGGCGGACGUUGGUAGGAAUAUGGGCCGUGUGUUGAUUUGAAACUUCGCAACGGGCAAAAUAAAACAGCAAACGCCACGGUUUACUUGCGGAGGAAGCCGGAUAACUGUUUAUUCACGGGGAAUAAAGAGGAAAAUCGCAGAGCGCCACGGAGCCAGUCAUGCCUGCCAGUGUGCGUACUGGGACCCUGAAGGACUCUGAGGUGUCUGAGCUCUUCUAUAGAGAUGAUCCAGAGAAGCUCUUUACUGACCUCCGGGAGAUUGGUCAUGGCAGCUUUGGAGCAGUGUACUUUGCUCACGAUGUGCGGUCCAACGAAGUGGUGGCCAUCAAGAAGAUGUCGUUCAGUGGCAAACAGUCCAAUGAGAAAUGGCAGGACAUCAUAAAGGAGGUGAAGUUCUUGCAGAAGCUCAGACACCCCAAUACCAUCGAAUAUAAAGGGUGCUACCUCAGAGAGCACACAGCAUGGCUGGUGAUGGAAUACUGUCUAGGAUCAGCCUCUGAUCUGUUAGAGGUGCAUAAAAAGCCUCUGCAGGAGAUGGAAAUAGCUGCUAUUACCCACGGUGCACUUCAGGGCCUUGCCUACCUUCACUCUCAUAACAUGAUACACAGAGAUGUGAAGGCUGGUAAUAUUCUGCUAACUGAGCCCGGUCAGGUGAAGCUUGGAGAUUUUGGCUCUGCCUCAAUCGUUUCUCCUGCCAACUCUUUUGUGGGUACACCUUACUGGAUGGCCCCAGAAGUGAUCCUAGCCAUGGACGAGGGGCAGUACGACGGAAAAGUGGACGUCUGGUCUCUCGGGAUCACCUCUAUCGAACUAGCUGAAAGGAAGCCUCCCUUGUUCAAUAUGAAUGCUAUGAGUGCCUUAUACCACAUUGCGCAAAAUGAAAGCCCUGUCUUGGCGUCAAACCACUGGUCGGACUACUUCCGUAACUUUGUGGACUCAUGUCUUCAAAAGAUCCCUCAGGACAGGCCUACCUCAGAUGUGCUGCUCAAUCACCAUUUCCUGUGCCGAGAGCGCCCCCAUUCUGUAGUGAUGGAUCUGAUCACGCGCACCAAAGACGCCGUGCGAGAGCUGGACAACCUGCAGUACAGGAAGAUGAAGAAGAUCCUGUUUCAGGAAACUCACAACGGCCCUGCACAGGAAGGAGGAGAGGAGGAAGAGGAAGGGGAGCAGUACCUCUUGCAGACGGGCACGGUGAACAGUAUGGAGAGCUCCCAGUCUGUACCUUCAAUGUCCAUCAGCGCCAGCUCCCAGAGUUCCUCAGUCAACAGCCUGGCCGAUGGCUCUGAUGACAGUGCAGAGAUGGCUAUGAUGCAGGAGGGAGAACAGACAGUCACUUCAAACAGCUCAAUCAUCCAUCGUCCCACUGCACGUGAUAAUAUUUACGAUGACCCCUAUCAGCCGGAGAUGGAGUCUCAACAGCCGGCCUCAUCUGCCGCUCGGAGAAGGGUGCACAGAAACCGAGAUCACUUUGCCACUAUUCGGACAGCCUCUGUGGUAACCCGUCAGAUUCAGGAGCAUGAACAGGGCUCAGCUCUGAGGGAGCAGAUGUCAGGAUACAAGCGCAUGAGGAGGCAACACCAGAAACAGCUGCUAGCUUUGGAGAACAAACUCAAAUCGGAGAUGGAUGAACAUCAGCUCAGGCUGGACAAAGAGCUUGAGACCCAGAGGAACAACUUUGGCAGUGAGGCUGACAAGCUUGGUAAAAAACACCUGGCCAUCCUGGAAAAAGAGAUUAAAGGUGCUCAGACAGAAGAGAAGAAAUUUCAGCAGCACAUUUUGAACCAGCAGAAGAAAGAGCUUAACAGCCUGCUGGAUAAUCAGAAACGGCAGUACAGGCAACGCAAGGAGCAGCUGAAGGAGGAGCUGAGUGAGAAUCAGUCCACGCCGAAGCGAGAGAAGCAGGAGUGGUUGGUGAGGCAGAAGGAAUGUCUGCAGCAGAUCCAGGCUGAGGAAGAGGCUUCAUUGUUACGGCGACAGAGGCAGUAUUACGAGCUGCAGUGCCGACAGUAUAAGAGGAAGAUGCUGCUCGCGAGGCACAAUUUGGAACAGGACCUGCUCAGAGAGGACCUAAAUAAGCGUCAAACCCAGAAGGAUUUGGAGUGUGCCAUGUUGUUGAGGCAUCACGAGUCCACUCAGGAGCUGGAGUUCAGACAGCUUGCACUGGUCCAGCGCACUCGCGCCGAUCUGAUCCGAACGCAGCACCAGAGUGAACUAGCCAAUCAGAUGGAGUACAAUAAACGGCGCGAACAGGAGCUCCGUCAGAAACACGCUGUGGAAGUCCGCCAGCAACCCAAAAGCUUAAAGACGAAAGAGCUCCAGAUCAAACGUCAGUUCCAAGACACUUGUAAGAUUCAGACACGUCAAUACAAAGCCCUGCGGAACCACCUGCUGGAAAACCCCAAAUCAGAGCAUAAAACUUUGCUGAAGAGACUCAAAGAAGAGCAAACACGUAAACUGGCCAUCUUGGCCGAGCAGUACGACCAUUCCAUCAAAGACAUGCUGUCCACACAGGCUUUGCGAUUGGAUGAGACACAGGAGGAUGAGUAUCGAGCAUUGCGCAUGCAGCUGCAGCAGGAGUUAGAGCUACUUAACGCCUAUCAGAGCAAAAUCAAGAUGCACACAGACACGCAACACGAGAGAGAGGUCAAAGACCUGGAGCAGAGGGUGUCCAUACGGAGAGCUCUUCUUGAACAAAGGAUUGAGGAAGAGAUGUUGUCUCUGCAGAACGAGCGCUCUGAGCGAAUCCGAGCUUUGCUUGAACAACAGGCUCGGGAAAUCGAGUCCUUUGACUCUGAGAGCAUGCGCCUGGGCUUCAGUAACAUGGCUUUGAGUGGCAUCCCCGCUGAGGCUUACAAUCAGGGCUACUCCAACCCUCCUUCAUCCGGGCCCGGAGGCUGGCCGUCCCGUCCUGUCCCUCGUUCAGGCAGCCAGUGGAGCCAUGGUGUCCAGAACUCAGCAGCGCCGCCCUCCUGGCGCAGUCAGAACAGCACAGCCGGAUUCAGCAGAGCAGAGCAAAUGUCCAGUCGGGAGAGAGAUCGAGACCGGGAGCUGGAGAGCAUGGCCGCUCGUGCCUAUCCAGGCUCUCGCUCCUCCGCUUCAUCGGCAUCAUCAUCAUCAUCAUCUUCCUCGCAUCAUCACCUCCGCUACAUCCCGCAGCAGUACCACCACCAGAGCACGCCACACCUAUACCGCGAAAGCAGAGAGAGAGAGUGGGGAAGUGGAGGAGGAGGAGGUCACCACUCUUCCUCAUCCUCCUCUCACGGCCACUCGCAUCACAUUUCUGCCCAAUCCCUCGCCCUUCUCCCUCCACCGCCGCCUCCUCCACCCAUCUCUCUUUCCUCCUCUUCACCUCAAUCCUCCUCCUCAUCUUCAUCCUCUCAGAGUGGCUACGGAGGAAGGGGCGAGGGUUUGGUUGUCCGAGGCCCCAGUCUGAUGGCUCUGAGAAACAGUCCCGGGCCUCUGCGGAGAACCGCCUCGGGUGGAGGUGCCGGCGGGUCAGGCGGAGAUGGAGGUUUGAGCCGGAGUACUUCAGUGACGUCACACAUCUCCAACGGAUCUCAUCUGUCGUAUUCCUAGAGGGCGAAUUUCAGAUGGUGCCAUUUUUAUUUCUUUAUUUUAUUAGAAGAAAGGCCUUCACGCAGGGAGGCGAAGAGAGGACUUUUUAGAUGGGCACACCUUUACUUGUAAGAAGAUAGAUCUCAGGGUUACCAAGGGAUUCGGGAGGGCUCAGGGUUUAGAUCGGGAACUGAUAAGACGAGAUGUACUGUAACAGAAGCAGAAAGCUAUGCUGUUGUGUGUUUGCGUGUGUGGGCGGGAGGACAAAAAUAACAUAAGUGGUGCCAAUACUGUAGAUUGGGCUCAUCUUCAGCUGGUUGGUUUAUUUUUAACCUCUCUUGAAUUCUGCCAGUAUAUGUCCAGGUGAUUUCUUGCACGUCGAAAUGUGUAAUGUUCCAACAUUACAUGACUUCAUUAUUUUACACUUAAUCCUGGAUCGUAUUAAGCUGAAUUCAUUUAGUGCAAUUUAGUUCAUUUUCUAAAGAAAUAUUUUGCCAAAAGGAUGAAUACUCUCGGAAACGUUGUGACGAACCCUACAUGCUGAUUGGCUCAAGAUCUAAAAUGAAGCCGAAAACACCAUAUAAGAACCAUACAAGUGACUUCGAACAAUGCUUUAUUUUAGCAAACCAAGAUUAAUGUCUGACAAUGAAUCAAAAAUAGUACUUUAACGACUUUUUCAUUAUUUUACACUUAAUCCUGGAUCAAAUUAAGCUGAGUUAAUUUAGUGCAAUUUACUUCAUUUUCUGAGGAAUAGUUUGCCAAAAAAAUGAAAAGUCUGUCAUUAUUUACUCUCGGAAACAUUGUGACGAACCCUACAUGCUGAUUGGUCGACUUACAAGAUGUAAAAUGAAGCUGAAAACACCACAAAGGGACUACAAACCAUAAUUUAUUUUAGCAAACCAAGAUUUAUGUCUGAAAAUCAAUCAAAAAUAGUACUUAAACAUUACACAACUUUUUCAUUAUUUUACAAUUAAUCCUGGAUCAAAUUAAGCUGAGUUAAUUUAGUGCAAUUAACUUAUUUUCCGAGGAAUAGUUUGCCAAAAAAAAUGAAAAGUCUGUCAUUAUUUACUCUUGGAAACAUAGUGAUGAACCCUACAUGCUCAUUGGUCGACUCUCAAGAUCUAAAAUGAAUCCGAAAACACCGUUAAGUGACUUUGAACCAUCUUUUAUUUUAGCAAACCAAUAUUUAUAUCUGAAAAUGAAUCAAAAAUAGUACUUUAACAUUACACGAUUUUUUCAUCAUUUACAAUUAAUCCUGGAUCGUAAUAAGCUAAAUUAAUUUGGUGCAAUUUACUUCAUUUUCUGAGCAAUAGUUUGCCAAAAAAAUGAAUAGUCUGUCAUUAUUUACUCUCGGAAACGUUGUGACGAACCCUACAUGCUGAUUGGUCGACUCUCAAGAUCUAAAAUGAAGCUGAAAACACCAUAUAAGAACCAUAAAAGUGACUACGAACUAUGUUUUAUUUUAGCAAACCAAGAUUAAUGUCUGAAAAUGAAUCAAUUAAUCAAAAAUAAUCUAUAAAUGCCUAAAUAUUUUCCCAUAGUACACAGUUCGCAUAGUACUUAAUAUGGAAAAAAGCUGCAUGUUACGCAUCGAUACUCAAAAAUUAACAUUUUUGUUGUUUACUCACCCAGUUUCAUAGUCAUUGACUUUUAGAUAAGACUUUAUUUUGAUGGUUCCUAGUGUACAUUUUGUUGACUAAAAGUUGCAUUGCAGCUACAUGCCAAUUCUCACUUGACUAUUAGUAGACUGUCUGCUAAAUAUCUGUUGAUACUGCUCCUUCAACAGACAUUUAACUGACUAUAAGAAACUUCACAAGUACAUGUCAACUUACACUAACCAUAACCCUAACCGCAGCCUAACAGUCAACUUAUAUUCUAUUGAUAAUGUAACUUAAAUUUAACAAAAUGCAUUAAAGCAUGGGUCUCAAACUCAAUUCCUGGAGGGCCGCAGCUCUGCUGUUUUGCUCCAACACUAAUCAAACACUGCUGAUCCAAAUAAUCAAGGCGUUCGAGACUCUUUUGUACAACUUGAUUAGUUGCAUCAGCUAUGUUUGAUUAGGGUCGGAGCAAAACUGCAGAGCUGAGGGCCUCCAGGAAUUGAGUUUGAGGUCUAUGCGUUAAAAGUACCAUCAAAAUAAAGUGAUCCCGACUUUUAUUGUAGAAAAGGAAAUGCUAUUUAAUUUCCAAAAUUCUUCUAAAUAGCUUAAAAGUCUCACAUUUGGAUCAAGCGAAUGGUGAGUAAAUGAUGACAAAUGUUGAACAACAUCUUUAGAAAUCGUAGGGAUGAGUGAAUAAUGGCAGAAUGAUUCAUUGACCGUAUUUUUUUGUGUUUGAGCCAGAUAAUCUGAGCCAGAGGAGGAUGAGUCCUACUAACAUCAAUUCUACUGCUAACGGGAGCAAGUCGGAUGCAAUAGAAAGGUGCGGUAGCAAGUUUCAGGGAGACCAGGCGUAAACUGAGGAACUAAAAGGGUGAAUAAACUGAUCUUUGUGUAAUUAUGUAGAUAGUACUAAAAAAACAAUACUAAAAGAACAUCUAUCAAGUGAUGGGUUUUAAACUGUACAUUUGUAUUCGAGUCAAGGCGUUUUUUAUUUUGAAACGUUCUGUUUAGUUUGUUUAAAAAUGAUGCCACAUACGUCAUACUGCCAUCUAGAGGCUCAGCUGAGCGAAAGCAACUCCGCCCACUGUCCUUAUAAGGACAAGCUGCCAUUUAAGUUGCAAUUUGGGCUGUUAUUCAGCUUGUUUUUAGCGCCUGCUACUUUGAAAAAGAGAUUGAACCUGGCUAGGUGAUUAAGCCAUUUCUUUUGCUCGUGUAUAUAGGAUGUACAUGUCCAUAAGAGAGUCGAGUUUCCGCGCAUGAGACUGAUGUACAGAGACCAUUUGUAUACAAACGUACACACAGCAGACGUUUAUAUAUGACUUUGAGUAUAUAUAUAUAUAUAUAUGUGUAUAAUACAUCACCCGCCGGAGGUUUGAUGGAGAACGUCGAAAGAUUGUUUCCUGCUCACACUUUUGAUCUAUAUUGUACUUAUGCGAUGUGUGUGUGUAUAUACAAGCACUAACUCUUAUAUAGGGUAAUAAUAAUUUUGCUAUGUGAAUUGGAAAGUGAGAUGGAGAAAACAAAUUAGAUACUGUCAUUGUUACAACUACUGCCGCUGUAAUAUUUGUGUUGUACACUAAUUUUAAGGUUUUUUUUGUUAUUAUUUUUUUUAAUCAAUGCUUACCACUAGGUGGGGAAUAUUACAGUGUCACGGUCUUGUUUUAGAUUUAAAAAACUACAAAAAAACAACAAAAAAAGGACUACCUAUCCCAGCAUUCCUUGUUACAUCUCAGGGUAGGAGUCUAUUGUGCAGUGCGUUGUCAGGAGAGUAGUAUUUUAGAGCCAGUAUUAAACUUGUACAGACCAUUUUAAGAGAUUUUAGCUGUAUAGAACAUUUCUAGACGACUGUAAAGUGUCUCAACCUUCUCUCCGAUCCAGCAGUUUGUUUUUUUUUCCCUCUCCAUUUUCCAUUUUACUUUCUGGAAUGCAUUAACGAAUUGUUUUGGCAUAUUUUUGUAUCUACAAAACAACUCCACAAGCUGUUUACAUUGACAACAAAAUCUCCAGCAUACGCGGUGAACUGCGAAGCUGGGUUGUGUCAGUAAUGUUACAUCGUUUAUUUUUCCUUUUUUCCAGAAUGUUUUGUGCUCCCACACUGCCAGCUCUCUUUCUACACCAGCGUUCACUCGGACUCUCAGUGCAGUACCUCACUUCCCUGUGCCUGGCCAAUCACUUUUCAGUGUUCACUUCAUUGCUUCUCCUUCUUAGGCUCUUACUUGCUUACUAACAUCUGUGGACAGAAGAGGAGAAAUUUAACAAACAAUCCUCGGCCCGUCUGUAGCUCUGGGCUGCCAUGUAAUGCGUUUACAGCAACACUCGCUGGAUUCUUUUAGUGUAUUCUCUUUAAAGGGGCCGUUUCAGUAUCUGGCGGUAAUCUAAACUGGAGGUGGUAAAUGUAUGAAAUGACUGUCAUCGUCUGCAGUGUUUGGAGCUGGUGGAGAGUAUGGUUGUUCAGGGAGCUCAGAUUAUAAUAAUAAAAGGCCAAAUUACGUUCAGGUGAUAUGAUUACAGGACUCUUUAACACACAUGGGCUAUAGAACUUGUACAGAAAAUGAUUAACAAGUCAUUAAAAAAAAGGAUUCAAACUGAA